AUGCCGUUCAUUGACAUCGCCUUCCAAGCCGAACUGAGCCGAUACGAAGACCCGGACUUUGAAGAGUACGCCAAGAAGAAUUGUAACGAAUUCCCUGACACUAGGCAUAAAGUAAUCGAGGAGCUACGCCGCAUGGUCCGCGAACGAGGUGAAUGUAUCCCUCGGCGCGUUGACGACGCAUACUGUCUCAGAUUUCUUCGAUGUCGGCGGUUUAUUCCUGCUUUAGCUCACAAAUUGAUGGUGCGUUACGAAGACUUUCGCCAAAACAACGCGUACCUGUACAACUGUGACCCAUUUGGACUACAACGAGUUAAAAAUGUCUACGGAGCAACUUUACCCGAAAGUCCGGAAAAUGGAAGAAUAGUUCUUAUGAGGUUCGGACGCUGGGAUCCCAGUGCUGUGCCGAUCGAAGACGUGGUUCGUUGCGCCCUGUUCAUGGAUGAAAUUGCUGUGAUGCAGCCAAAACUACAGAUCCUGGGCGUGACCAUCAUCGUAGACCUCGAUGGGUUGAGCAUCAGACACGUGAGGCAUUUGACCCCGACAGUUGCGUACCAGAUUGUCAGUCUUAUGGGAGUUUCAUUCCCGUUGGCGAUGCACGGCCUCCACAUCAUAAACUACAACUGGAUCUUGAAUUCUGUGUUUUAUUUGUUUAAACAAUUCAUACCGGCUGCAGUAUGGAGCCGCCUGCAUUUUCACGGCUCGAACAUGGAAUCACUCCACAAGUUCAUACAGCCCCAGUACUUGCCACCCGAGUAUGGGGGCAGUUGCAGACACAUCAUCUCGACUGAAGAAUGGAUCGCUAAGAUCUAUAGAUACAAAGAUGAUUUCCUGAUAGAAGAAUUAAGAGAUUUAGGUUUUUACGUUACAUAG